UCUGGGAUCCGACGGCUGAUCUAUUCCUUCUGCAGUUAGGAUGCUGGGUACCGAUCUGACGGCCAGAAGCGGUGGAAUUGAUCGGAGAUGCCUAUUAUUCUAUUAGUAUCUCUCAUUGAAAGAAGCGUAUUCCUCGUGAGUGAACUGUAAAGAGUUAAGGCCCAUCUCUGUAUUCACUCCAGUCUUAUUUGGUUCUGGAGAGAGAGAGAGAGAGAGAGAGAGAGAGGGGUUUUUGUGUGUGAACUGUGAAGUGGUGGUGGUGGUAUUGGCCGGGAAAAAUGACGACGAGAGGGUCAUCGGGGAGGUUACCGACGUGGAAGGAGAGAGAGAACAACAAGAGGAGGGAGAGGAGGAGGAGGGCCAUCGCUGCUAAGAUUUACACUGGACUCAGGGCCCAGGGCAACUACAAGCUUCCCAAGCACUGUGACAACAACGAGGUCUUGAAAGCCCUCUGCCUUGAAGCUGGUUGGGUCGUCGAGGAAGAUGGCACUACUUAUCGCAAGGGAUGCAAUCCACCCCAGACUGAGCCCGCAGGCACAUCAACCAACAUCAGUCCAUGUUCGUCUCACCAACCAAGCCCGGCGUCCUCUUCGUUCCCAAGCCCUGUUCCAUCGUAUCAUGCCAGCCCAGCUUCUUCUUCCUUCCCAAGCCCUUCUCGUUUCGAUGCCAACAACGCUUCGUCCUCCUACCUCCUACCCUUUCUCCGUAACCUGGCCUCCAUUCCUUCAUCCCUUCCCCCUCUGCGCAUAUCCAACAGCGCACCAGUCACUCCUCCUCUUUCAUCCCCUAACUCUAGAACUCCGAAGAUGAGGCCUGACUGGGACUCCCUCAUCAACAGUCCCUCUAUGGCCCCCUUCCGCCACCCAUUCUUCGCCGCCUCGGCCCCUGCAAGCCCAACUCGCCGCCACCAUUUCCCUCCGGCUACCAUACCCGAAUGCGACGAGUCCGACACCUCAACUGUUGAUUCCGGCAGAUGGGUCAGCUUCCAAACGGGUGUACCAGCACCGGCGGUAGCUCCGGCGUCACCUACAUUUAAUCUAGUGAAACCUGUGAUGGCUCAGCAGAACUCGUCGCAGGAUUCCUCCGCUGCAGGAUUUGCUUGGGGACUGGUGGGAGAGAGGAAACGAGGAGCGGAGUUCGAAUUUGAGUGCGGAAGGGUGAAACCCUGGGAGGGUGAGAGGAUUCAUGAAAUUGGAGUGGAUGAUCUGGAGCUCACACUUGGGAGCACCAAGGCUCGGAAUUAAAAGUUACCAGCUUCAGGGUUUAGGGGUGCGUCUGUGGAUGGAAGAAGAAAGAAGAGAAUAAGAAGAGCUCGUUCCUUCGAUGUAUGGUGACAGUGAGUUAACCCUCCACCCCGUUUCUUCGUCGUUUACUGGACUCUGCCAGGUCCAUAGAUUGUAAGGUUUCCUGGAUUGGGUGAGGGGGUGUUAUUAGUUCAAGAUUUGGAGUUCUCUAGCUUUCUGAUUCCAUUAUCUCUGGGAUCCAGAGUAGUUCUAGAUGGAAGUGAUAGUGAAAUGCCGAAGAACACAUACUUCCAUGGGAGGUCUGAGAUUUUUCAUGGGGUAAACUUGUGAUUGGAUUGUAAAUGGCGAAGGACUAAAGAAAAGGAGACUAUAAGCAAGAAUGUAGGAUGGUAAGAAUUGUUCUGAAUUAAAUUUCCACAAAAAUGGCUAUUUAUCUUUUUAAGUGAUCA